UGCCUGGCUGGGCUCGGGCUCGGCUGCUGGGAGGAGGCGGUGGGCAGGAGCGGACCCGCGUCGCGGCCGCCACCGGGCAGUAGGAAGAUGUUGCCAAGUACAUCAAUGAAUUCCUCAAUGCAGGGAAACGGAGUCUUGAAUUCCAGGGAUGCAGCAAGACACACGGCUGGAGCAAAACGCUACAAAUACCUGAGAAGGCUUUUUCGUUUUCGGCAGAUGGACUUUGAAUUUGCUGCUUGGCAGAUGCUCUAUCUGUUCACUUCCCCACAGAGGGUUUAUAGAAACUUUCAUUACCGAAAGCAGACAAAGGACCAGUGGGCCAGAGAUGACCCUGCUUUCUUGGUCCUGUUAAGUAUUUGGCUCUGUGUGUCCACUAUAGGAUUUGGCUUUGUGCUUGACAUGGGAUUUUUUGAGACAAUAAAGCUUCUCCUUUGGGUUGUAUUCAUAGACUGUGUAGGCGUUGGUCUUCUGAUAUCAACUUUAAUGUGGUUCAUCUCUAACAAGUACUUAGUGAAACGACAGAGCAGAGACUAUGAUGUGGAGUGGGGCUAUGCUUUUGAUGUGCACCUGAAUGCUUUUUAUCCACUCCUAGUUAUUUUGCAUUUUAUUCAGCUUUUUUUCAUCAACCAUAUUAUCCUAACAGAUACAUUUAUUGGAUAUUUAGUUGGAAAUACCUUGUGGUUGAUUGCAGUUGGCUAUUAUAUCUAUGUCACCUUCCUAGGAUACAGUGCCCUGCCAUUUUUGAAAAAUACAGUAAUUCUUCUUUACCCUUUUGCACCUCUCAUUCUGCUCUACGGGCUGUCACUAGCACUGGGAUGGAACUUUACCCACGCUCUGUGUUCUUUCUACAAGUACAGGGUGAAGUGAGAAGAAAAAGUAAGGAUAUUUAAUCUUAACUGUGUCAACAGUAUUGAUAAAGUGAUUUCUUGUAAAACUUGUAAAUAAACUCUUUUUGUAAAUAGCAUAAAGAUGUAAAGUUAAAAUUUGAAGAAAUAUAGUUAAUAUUACUGUCAAGUACAUUCCUUAAAACUAAUUAAAUGUACAUUUCUAUAAUAAAUAUUUUUUAAACUAAA